AUGCCUCACCUUGCUGCUCAAGUCCCCGCCGCCAAGGCACCCCUAAAAGUCCGGGAAAUCGAGACUCCCCAACCUGGUCCCCAUGAGAUCCUCGUCAAAAACCAAAUCAUUGCCCUCCAGCCAAUCGAUGCCAAGAUUGCAAAGGUUGCAAUGCUUCCACUAUCAUACCCUACUAUUCUUGGAAGUUCAUUUGCUGGGACUGUUGAAAAGGUUGGAUCCAAGGUCACGGGCUUCCAAGUUGGCGACAAGGUGGUCGGCAUGAAGACUGCAGGCGCCCAAGAAACCAAGUAUAGUGCUUAUCAAGAAUAUUCGAUCUCACCAGAGAUUACCACCACCAAAGUCUUAGACGAUGCGACUCUUGACCUUGCAGUUCGUCUCGUCGGCAACCUCCCCACUCUUCCUGCUCUGUUCAACGCUACGUUGAAACUGGAGAGACCUGUGUCUGGAGAGCAACCCACGUCACAGGGCAAGAAGAUCCUCAUUUAUGGUGGAACAUCAAGUAUUGGCAGCAUGGCUGUGCAGUAUCUUACUCAAGCUGGAUACGAUGUUAUCACGACCUUUUCUCCAAAGCACAAGGACUUUGUUUCUAGACUUGGUGCAUCAGCGAUUAUCGAUCAUAAUCAAGAAUCGAAGGCACUGAUCAAAGAACUCACCACUGCUGGACCUUAUGACAUUGUUGUCGACAUGAUUUCGAGUGCCGACACGAUCCAGCUCAAUGCCCAGGUCGUCGCAGCUCAGGGCGGCGAUUCUGUUUACGCUUUGCAGCCAGCCUUUAGUCCUGAAACUCUACCUGCUGGCGUCGCCCGCAAAUUUGAGGGAUGGUCGCUGCUUUUAGGCCUGGAGGAGAAUGAAGAACUACUGAAAUGGACUUUUGAUACAUACUUCCCUAAGGCUAUUGAGGCUGGUAGUCUGGUAUCAGUGCCCGCGAAAAAGAUUCCCGGUGGACUGGAUGGAUUGAACGAUGCGCUGGAUUUGUUGUUCUUCAGGGGUGUUAGCAGUGAGAAGGUUGUCGUGGAUCUUCGCGAUUAA